AAUCUUGAUGAUGCGGUAUGGUUUAAUCUUGAUAGGCAAGAUGUAGGUACCAUCACCAUUGAGGAUCGUGAGUUCGUCAAAGUUGGUCUUGAUGUGGCUUCGUUGAUUGGUUCGGUGGCGAUAAGCUAUUCCGUAGGCUCUCUUUUUCUUUUCCGUCGUUGUCUACGUCGCGCUGCUGGUGGUGGUGGUAUCAUCAUCAUCUCAUUAUCAUUACAGUACUGGAUACUUGAAUGUUUCAUCAUUAUUAUAUCUUCGGCCGUUGAUAUAUAA